CAUAUGUUUCUCUUUAACCCAGCAUCUUAAUUCUCAGUCUCUUUUAAAAACACCGGCGAGCUAUUUUUUUAACCUUUUAACAUAUUAUUUUGUCUUAAUUGUCGGAAGGAAAAAAAGUGCAGAAACACACACGCCAGAUCGUACAGACUGUGUGACUGCAUCUUGUGCUACCUGCAGCCGCUCUUGGCUAACAACCCAAACAGAAUUCCAGCUCCCCUGCUAGCAACAUCAAGGUUACAUAUAUAUUUAGCAUUAUUGGCCAUAUGCAAAUGUGCACAGCAUAAUAAAGAAAGGACCCUGAUAGCAAAAGUGCCACACAUACACCCCAAGCCUGAAAAAGUGUAAAACUGGUAUUUGAAUAUUUGAAUUAAAAAUUAACACCCAAAAUGUUCAGCAGACAUUCUCGUUACGGCAUUCAAAAAAAAAAAAAAAAAAGGGGGGGAAUAUCCGUGUGAAAACCAUUACAUGAUCGCAUGGCGCAAAUCCCAGAUAAUGUUUUUAAAUAGCCACGCAAACCUCCGAAUUCAAAACAUAACCCCCCCCCCAAAAAAAACCCUGUCUGUCAAAGGAAAUGUUACAGUAAAUUUAAAAAAGUGAAUUAAAAAAAACCCAAACAAGCCUGUUUAAAAUAUUCGCAAUUACAGAACGACACCCUCUAACAACCUCCGUGCUACAACAUUGCUAUUAAAUAAUAGUAAUAAUUAAUAAUAAAUAAUCACCUCUUUAUAGGAUGGUACCUUGAUCCUUAAAUAUUGUCCAGUGUGUAAGGUCAGUGUGCGAAGGGUUAGGCUGAGUGGGUUGAUUUUUCUUAAAGGGGCAGAUCAGAGAAAGGCUGUGAUGGUGCGGGGGGGGGGGGAGAUAAGUGAUCUGAAGAAGAGGAUAGGACCAAAAAACCCCCUGAUGGUGAUGAAUACAUUGGAAAGUUUUUUUGGCCCUGGCGAGGGUGUCAGAUUGAAUGCUCUGUGCGCAUGUGCGAAGGUGUCCAAACUGACAAUGCUCGGGAGAUGAAGAUAGUGUGUAGCUGCUUCUGGGCUCAAGGAGGAGGAGAAGAAUCCACAAGCCGACAAGAUGAGAUCCAAGGCGAGGGCGAGAAAACUGCCCAAAAGUGACAGUGAGAUUGUAAAUAGUAUGUAUGAGACAGACCCUGAUCUCCUGGCUGGUGAGAGUGCAGAGGAGGAAACAGAGGACAGUAUUAUGUCCCCUAUCCCCGUCGGACCUCCAUCACCUUUUCCUACCAGUGAGGACUUCACCCCCAAGGAAGGCUCACCUUACGAAGCUCCCGUCUACAUUCCUGAUGACAUUCCAAUCCCGCCAGACUUUGAACUCAGAGAAUCCUCGAUUCCAGGGGCAGGGCUGGGGAUUUGGGCCAAAAAGAAGAUUGAAGUUGGGGAAAGAUUUGGACCUUACAUGACAAUACCAAGGACCACAUUAAAGGAAACAAACUUUGGAUGGGAGCAAGUACUGACUGAUCCUGAGGUGGCAUCCCAAGAGGGCUGUAUAAAAAAGAUCGCUGAUGACUUGGGAAAUGAGAAAAUCUGUGCUGAUGCUAAUCAGACUGGAGCUGGAAAUUGGCUGAAAUACAUCCGAGUGGCCUGUUCCUGUGAUGAACAAAAUCUAGCUGUAUGUCCCAUUAAUGACCAGAUCUAUUAUAAAGUUAUUAAAGAAAUUGAGCCAGGAGAAGAACUGCUGGUGUAUAUGAAGGAAGGUGCCUAUUCUCUUGGGAACAUACCACCUAGUCUGGAAGAAGAGCACACGUUUCGUUGUGAGGACUGCGAUGAACUCUUCCAGUCAAAGCUGGACCUGCGGCGACACAAGAAAUAUGCCUGCAACUCCGUCAAUUCGCUGUAUGAGACGUUGAACGAGGAGAUCAAACAGGAAGGGUUAGACGGGCAGGUCUAUGAGUGCAAAGACUGUGAGAGAAUGUUCCCCAAUAAAUACAGCUUGGAGCAGCACAUGAUCAUCCACACUGAGGAGAGGGAGUACAAGUGUGACCAAUGUCCAAAGGCUUUCAACUGGAAAUCAAACCUGAUUCGUCACCAGAUGUCACAUGACAGUGGCAAACGAUUUGAAUGUGAAAACUGUGUGAAGGUGUUUACUGACCCCAGCAACCUCCAGCGGCACAUCCGUUCCCAGCACGUUGGCGCAAGAGCCCAUGCCUGCCCGGACUGCGGCAAAACCUUUGCCACCUCGUCUGGCCUCAAACAACACAAGCACAUUCACAGUACUGUCAAACCUUUCAUAUGUGAGGUCUGCCACAAAUCCUACACGCAGUUCUCCAACCUCUGCCGCCACAAGCGGAUGCACGCGGACUGUCGCACCCAGAUCAAAUGCAAGGACUGCGGCCAGAUGUUCAGCACUACCUCCUCUCUCAACAAGCACCGGCGCUUCUGCGAGGGCAAGAACCAUUACAACCCAGGGGGGAUUUUUGCCCCCGGCCUACCUUUAACGCCCACCUCCAUGAUGGACAAAUCCAAACCCUCGCCCAACCUCAACCAUGCCAGCCUGGGUUUCAAUGAUUACUUCCCAUCCCGACCUCACCCAGCGGGUAUUCCAUUCUCACCUGCUCCCCCAGCAUUUCCUGCCCUUACUCCAGGAUUCCCAGGGAUUUUUCCUCCCUCUCUAUACCCCAGGCCCCCUUUGUUGCCUCCCACCCCGCUGCUCAAGAGUCCCCUCAACCACACCCAAGACGCAAAGCUUCCAAGCCCCCUGGGGAACCCGGCACUGCCUCUAAUUUCUGCAGUGAGCAACAGCAAUCAGCCCAUCUCAGGGGAGGAGAAAUUUGAAAGCAGCCUGGAAAACUCCUACCUGGACAAGCUAAAAGCCAGGAACAGCGACAUGUCUGAUGGGAGCGACUUCGAGGAUGUCAACACGACCACAGGCACAGACCUCGAUACCACCACUGGCACUGGCUCUGACCUGGAGAGCGACGCGGAGAGUGACAGGGACAAAAUGAAAGACAAAAGCAAACAGACUGAGAACAAGCCAGAUUUUGUCAGCAGUUCUGUGUCCACCAGUUCCACCAACAAUGUGAAUGAGCUACCCCUUUUCUAUUCUCAGCACUCCUUCUUCCCUCCCCCAGAAGAGCAGCUGCUACCCACGACGGGGGCAGCCAAUGACUCUAUAAAAGCUAUUGCCUCUAUUGCAGAGAAAUAUUUCGGCCCUGGCUUUAUGGGAAUGCAGGAAAAGAAGAUAGGUUCCCUCCCAUAUCACUCCAUGUUCCCAUUUCAGUUCCUCCCCAAUUUUCCCCAUUCACUGUAUCCUUUUACGGACCGGACCCUCAAUCACAACUUGCUGGUCAAGGCAGAACCAAAGUCACCCAGGGACCUUCACAAAGUGGGUAGCACCAGCUCAGAGUCUCCCUUUGAUCUCACCACAAAACCAAAAGAGAUUAAGCCAAUCUUGCCACCACCCAAGGUCUUGCCAGCCCCAUCUUGUGGGGAGGAACAGCCACUGGAUCUGAGCAUCGGCAACCGCAUCCGAGCCAGCCAGAAUGGAGGGAGGGAGCCCCGGAAAAACCACAUCUAUGGGGAAAGGAAACUAAUGGCCAGUGACGUAUUACCCAAGAUUUCUCAGUCUCAGCUCCAUCAGCAGCCAUCCCUGCAUUAUGCUAAGCCAUCACCCUUUUUCAUGGACCCCAUAUACAGCAGGGUGGAGAAGCGGAAGGUGACAGACCCAGUGGGUGCCCUAAAGGAGAAGUACUUGCGACCUUCCCCGCUGCUUUUUCACCCGCAGAUGUCAGCCAUAGAAACCAUGACAGAGAAACUGGAAAGUUUUGCGGCCAUGAAAGCAGACACCAGCACGUCCCUGCAGCCCCUCCCACAUCACUCCUUCAGCUUCCGGUCCCCGCCCCCUACGCUGUCAGACCCCAUCUUGCGCAAGGGCAAGGAGCGCUAUACCUGCAGGUACUGCGGUAAGAUCUUUCCCCGGUCGGCGAAUCUGACAAGGCAUCUUCGGACACACACGGGAGAACAACCCUACAGGUGUAAAUACUGUGACAGGUCAUUCAGCAUUUCCUCUAACCUCCAGCGGCACGUUCGAAACAUCCAUAACAAGGAGAAGCCAUUCAAAUGUCACCUGUGUAACCGAUGCUUUGGGCAGCAGACCAACUUGGACCGACACCUUAAGAAGCAUGAACAUGAGAAUGUGCCAGUGAGCCAGCACUCUGGAGUCAUUACUAACCACCUUGGGACCAGUGCCUCCUCCCCAAACUCGGAGCCAGACAACCAUGCACUUUUAGACGAGAAAGAGGACUCGUAUUUCUCUGAAAUCAGAAAUUUUAUUGCAAAUAGCGAGAUGAAUCAAGCAUCAACUUUAACAGAUAAAAGGCCAGAAAUCCAAGACAUUGAUAGCAACUCCCAAUGUCACGGGUUAGCAAAUGAGAAAACAGAAGAUGUGGAUGAGGAGGAGGAAGAAUUGGAGGAGGAAGAUGACGACAGCCUGACAGGGAAGUCACAGGAUGAAACAGUAUCACCCACGACGGAGCCCCAAGGAGCAUUUGAGGAUGAGGAGGAGGAAGAGCCCACAUCCCUCACCAUGAGCUUUGACCAUACCCGAAGGUGUAUUGAGGAGGACGAAGCCGGCUUGUUAGAUUUGGAGCAGAUGCCGAAUUUUGGGAAGGGGCUGGAUCUUCGCAAAGCAGCCGAGGAAGCAUUUGAAGUUAAAGAUGUGUUUAAUUCCACCUUAGACUCUGAGACAAUAAAACAGACUCUGUACAGGCAGGCUAAAAACCAGGCUUAUGCAAUGAUGCUGUCCCUUUCUGAGAAUGCUCCCCUUCACACUUCUUCCCAGAAUUCUCUGGAUGCUUGGUUGAACAUGGCAGGAGCAGCCUCAGAGUCGGGGACCUUUAAUCCCAUCAACCAUCUCUGACGGGUUGAGAAGGCACUGGUUCAGAGUCCGAGUGAGGAGAUGGUGGUGCUGUGACUGCCCUAUCAGAAAUUCUAGCACGCAGAAGAUGGAUCAGAGGGCCUCGGAGUCAUCCGGGCUUUUGGCUGGGAGAAUAAACCUGUCACAUGUGACCUGCAAUUCCCAGAUUUGUUUCUAUCCACAGUUGUUCAUUUCUAAUUUGUUAGAAAGAAACUCUCCAAACUGGAUAGCCCUGAAGAAGCCCUAGGAUUCCACCAUCUCUUAGAAUAGUGUAAACCAUAAGUGAAUUGCAAUGGUGCAGUCAAAUACUGGCCCCUUUCCAGUUACAAGACAAUAUAACUGAGCCAGCUGGUUUCUGCUUAUAAACUAAAACUUGAAGUCAUUCGACCCCUUGCCCCCCUCACACACCACAUCCACCUCAGCUGAAUAGCAGUCACAAGAGGUGGGAAGAGAUCUAGAGCUGAUCCAUCCCUGGUAUCAUUCUGAUAUAGUCACCAGAGUUAUACCAAGGAACGGUGAAUUUGACCCAUUUUACUUAACAUAGCUCUUUGAAAGAGCGUGAAAUUCUGCACCCCCCACAACAGACUCAUCUUUACACUGCAAAGUGUUGUUCUGAGUCUCUGUUCGGGGAGGCCAUGCUCCCCGACAUGCAAUGUCCAAACAGGGCUAGCUUCUGCCAAGAGCACAAAUAAUUGGCGCAGAAGGAGUAUUGCUGGGGCUGCUCAUACAUGCACACAAAUACAUAGACAAUGCCCCGUAAGCUCGACCCUAGAAAGCUCCUGUGUAGUUUCUCUCCCAGAGGGUCUUUCAAAUGCUGUCUCUUCAAUGUUAGGGGAGAAACUUGUGCCCUUGUGUUGGUUUGCUGGUGGUUGCUUAUGCCAGGUACCCUGCCAUCAUUUACCCCAUAAUUUUGAUAAUAUGGUUAAAAAAAAUCCUUGUUUUUAAUAACCUUAUGAGUGCAGCUCAGCUCCUCAAGCAUGUGGCUAAGGAAAUGUAUUUUCUCUCUGGAUCUAAAAUUACCUGCACUUUUUUACAGAUGAUUUUAAAUUGCUUUGAAGUCUCAGCUCUUUUGCUGAGAUAAAGCAGCCUCCAGAAAUCCUGUGACAAUAGUUUGUGCUAUUUCUACAUUGUAAUAACAACCUGGUGUUCUAGCUGUGAUUUUAUAGGUAAAGCUAAACCUGAACAUAAUUCUCGAAAGGGGUUAGAAAUAUUACAAAGAAUAACAUUGGCUACUCUGACAACGUUUGUAAUGUGUGUGCUGAGAAAUGCCUCGAUAUGGUGUUACAGAAUCAGGGUUGCCUGAAGGUAAGACAGGUGCCUGCCACCAAGUGACUUUAAGCUGAAUCAGGGGUGCCGCAAACUUGCCCAUCUGAGUGCUGCAUCAGCAACUCACCUAGGAGCCUCCAGAUGCUCUAAGGACCCAAUUCGGUACAAGUCUGACUCUACAUUAGCAGUUUUUCCACUGACUUCAAUGGACUUUGGACCAGGCUCCAAACACUUAAAGCUGGGUGUACUACUUGUAGUAAGUGCUACACCUAGUAGUCAGUGUUUGCAGGAUUGGGUCAAUAGUUGACUUCAGAGAAACGUCUCACAGUAGUAAACACAUCUAUUAGUAAGUGUUUGCAAGAUUGGGCCCCAACUUUAUAUGUGCGGGAACAAACUGCAGCUGCUCUGCUGUUGAAUAUGGAGGAGGUGGUUCCGGGAUGCAGUGCUCCAUCUGGAAGCAAUAGCUUACAUUACAGUGGAGCAUUGCAUGCUGAGAUUUGUAGUCCUGAUGGGUCGCACCUCAUACUCCGAAGAAGAUCAGCCAUGAGGCCUCAGCUGGCCCCUGGGGCUGCACCUCUGUUUGCCACUGGGGUAGAGUGAAUGAAAGGAUCAUUAGCAGCAUCAAAUAAUUCUCCAUAGUUCACCCUGGGAAAGAUGACAUCCCUCCUGCUUGUUUCUCCAAGUCACCAUGUGUAUGUGCCGAAGGCUCUGAAUCCAACAGUGAUCUAUAACCCCACUCCCGUUUCAAAUGUUUGCACAAAGCUCUUGACUAGGUGUAGCCCAAGAACUGACAAUGUCAAAAGAAACCAGUCUCUAAGAUGGAACAUUCCUUUCCCUGGCACGUCUGCCUGUGCUAACAUUACAGUACUUGCCAUUCACUUGGGCUUUAAAUUAUUCCCAUAGGGGCCAAUUUAAAAUAAUAAAAUAAUUGUUUUUUUUUCCUAAUGGAAUUUACCUUAAUCUGUAUAUAACUUGUAAUUUUUUUUUCUAAUUCUUUUCUUAUUUUAUUUCUUCCUUAACAGUAUUUUUUGCAUUGGAUAUCAUUAUUGUGAAGAAAUAAUGUUAAUAUAAGUAUCUAGUGAAGGACCAAAAUUGUGUAAUUAAGGUUGUAUGUUGUAUGAUUGAUAACCAGGGAGUAGAUUUUUUUUAUGUGCCAAAUGACCCUAAAUAAUCCUAUUCUUGCUGCCGAUUUUCCUGACAAUCAUGUUUUGUUAAAUUUGAGUUUCAAUUACAUUUGCAUGUAGGAUGUGGUCUAUUUAUUUCUUUUAUUGUUUGGAAAAAAAAUCAC